AUGGCCGCUGGGGUCCGCGCGAAGAAAGCGGACAAGGUCGUGGCUCGAGCACAUGGCAUGCUGGAGGCGUGUCGUCUCGUGGUCGUCAAGCACAAAAGAGAAAGAGCGAUAGCUGCGCAAUUGGCAGAGAGGAUCAGUGAAGAGCACGCGUUGUAUGAAGCAAGGAAUCAGUCUGGGCAAGACGUUGCGUCUUCUCGACGAGAACAAGCCGCCGCCUCCGAUGCAAACAACACGUCGCGCCGCCACCCCUCUCACAAAAAGAUAUUGGGGAAACGACGAGCGUCGCCCGCAUCACCUUCGGAUUCGACUACGCAAGAUCCUUCGACUACCCAAGAGAGUUCCGAGUGGGAGCUGCGGCUUUAA